GGAACAUUUUGUAAAAUGUCGGAGAAAGAAUACCGGGGCAAUUUAGAAAUGUUAUCAGAAUAAAAACAAACUGAACUGGAGUUGUUAUUAAAAAUUACAUUAAGUGUAUAAAUCGGCAGUGCUUUAAUUACUGAAUAAAGUAAAAAUAUGUCUGCUCUUCAGAAGACGAUAAUGAAAAACAAAUUGCCGCCAAGAUGCCCUAGAACUUCUGGCGUAUCGAAGCUCGCGCCAUUCGGCGCAGGCCGUCGUAAGGACUACACUCCAGUACCCUGGAAGGAGUAUUUUGAGAAGACAGUAGAUGUCGAGACUGAUGGAGGAACCUUCAAGGUGUACCUGUCUCCGGAACCUGAUCAUCCGGACAGGCCCAGGAUAGUGACUUUACAUGGAGGUGGUUAUUCAGGACUUAGUUGGGCUUUGUUCACUGAGGAGAUAACCAGCAUGAUACACUGUCAGGUGGUGUCAAUAGACAUCAGAGGCCAUGGGGAAACUAAGGUGGAGAAUCCUGAUGACCUCAGCAUUGAGACUCUUGUGCAUGACGUUGAACAAGUGCUGCACAAGUUGUUCAGCGAUGGCAUACCGUCGCUGGUGCUGGUGGGGCACUCGAUGGGCGGCGCCGUCGCCGUGCGCGUGGCGCAGCGGCCCUCGCUCGAGCACUGCAUACAUGGCAUCGCGGUUAUUGACGUCGUGGAAGGCACUGCAAUGGAUGCCCUUGCCAGCAUGCAGAGCUUCUUACGGAGUAGACCGACACAUUUCAAGAGCAUUGAACACGCUAUAGAGUGGUGUGUCCGAAGUGGCCAGGUUCGUAAUGUUGAUUCAGCGAGAGUAUCUAUGCCCAGUCAAAUUGUGAACUGUGAAACAGGCCUCCUAGCCACAAACGAAGUGGAGACAUACACUCGAGUGUCGGGCUCCGCCCCCGAGCCCGCCCGACACGCGGCGCUGCCCGACCGCAUCGCCGAGGAGGAUGGCGAGGACAUAGCCGAGCCCGAGCCCGAGCCGGAGCCCCAGGCCUUCGCCCGCCCUACCGCUGUGGGGGACGGCGCUAGUACUAUGAAGUACAAAUGGCGUAUCGACCUAUCGAAGACGGAGCGUCACUGGGCGGGCUGGUUCCGCGGACUGUCGGCCGCCUUCCUCUCCCUGCGGCCGCCGCGGCUGCUGCUGCUGGCCUCUAUAGACGGCCUCGACAGGGAACUGACUGUCGGACAGAUGCAGGGUAAAUUCCAAAUGCAAGUGCUGACGCGAUGUGGUCACGCCGUACACGAAGACACUCCGGGCGAGGUAGCGCGAGUGGUAGCAGCAUUCGCCUUACGUCACCGUCUCACGUCGGCCACUGAAGCCGGCGAACAGAUGCAGCUCGUGCAUGCCAUGCCCGGCUGUUGAACUGUAUUUAUAUAUAGAAAAUACUCAAUAUAACUUGAUUUUACAAGGA